CUUUAUAUCCACUUUUCUUCUUCCCCUCCACCCAGCCAGCACUCUAACCAACCAGACAAGAACCGCCACCAUGUCGGACCGGUCGACAUUCGAUACAGACGUGUGGACCCUGACCCGUUUUGUCAUGGAGAUGGGUCGCAAGGCGAAGGGGGCGACCGGUGAGCUGACCCAGCUCAUCAACUCCAUGCUGACCGCCAUCAAGGCCAUCUCCUCGGCCGUGCGCAAGGCGGGCCUGGCCCACUUACAGGGCUUGGCGGGCAGCGUCAACGUGACGGGGGACGACGUGAAGAAGCUGGACGUGCUGUCCAACGACCUGGUGAUCAACAUGCUGCGGGCUUCUUUUGGCACCUGCUGCAUGGUCUCUGAGGAGAACAAAGAGCUCAUCGUCACUCCUAAAGACAAGAGGGGAAAGUAUGUGGUGUGCUUUGACCCUCUGGAUGGCUCCAGUAACAUCGACUGUUUGGCCUCCAUUGGCACCAUAUUUGCCAUUUACAAGAGGGUGUCGGAGGGCGAGCCCACAGAGAAGGACGCCCUGCAGCCGGGCGACAACAUAGUGUGUGCCGGCUACGCCCUCUAUGGCAGCGCCACCCUGGUGGCACUAAGCACCGGGGACGGCCUCAACUUUUUCAUGCUUGACCCGGCAAUCGGAGAGUUCAUCCUGACCGAGAAGAACGUCAGGAUCAAGCCCAGAGGAAAGAUCUACAGCUUGAACGAGGGCUACGCCAAGUACUUCCACGCCUCCGUCAACGACUACAUCCGGCACAAGAAGCACCCUGAGGACGGCAGCUCCCCGUACGGCGCUCGCUACGUGGGCUCCAUGGUGUCCGACGUCCACCGCACCAUCACCUACGGGGGCAUCUUCCUGUACCCGGCCAAUGAGAAGAGCCCGGAAGGAAAGCUGAGGCUGCUGUACGAGUGCAAUCCCAUCGCGUUCCUGGUGGAGCAGGCGGGAGGCCUGGCCUCCACGGGCACCCAGAGGGUCCUGGAGGUGCAGCCAAAGGCCAUCCAUCAGCGGGUGCCCUUCGUGGUGGGCUCCCCGGAUGACGUCAACGAGUACCUGUCCUUCGUCAGGAAGCACCAGUGACGGCGUGGAAUGACUUUUAUUUUUUUAUUUUUUUUUUAUCAAAUUGGCAACUGGUGAAAAAAGCAUUUUGUCAACGUUGUAUUCGAUCAAUUAAAAACAAAAGACUGUAUUUGACGUCCAGCUCACUUUUGCAGAAAGAGGAAGUGAGAUAGCGAGGGUGUUUUUCACACUGGAAACAAAACUGUGACUUACAGCUGACUAUUAAAGGCCGACUGAAAUGAGAUUUUCUUAUUUAAACGGGGAUAGCAGGUCCAUUCGAUGUGUCAUACUUGAUCUAUUUCGGUUUCAUCUGACCACAUGACAUUCUCCCAAUCCUCUGCAGUAUCAUCCAUGUAUCCAUUUUGGUAUAAACUCAACUCGUCGUGUUUGGAGGAAGAAGAAUACUGAGUUGCAUCCCAAGAACACCAUACCUACUGUGAAGCAUGGGGGUGGAAACAUCAUGCUUUGGGGCUGUUUUUCUGCUAAAGGGACAGGACGAUUGAUCCGUGUUAAGGAAAGAAUGAAUGGGGCCAUGUAUCGUGAGAUUUUGAGCCAAAACCUCCUUCCAUCAGUGAGAGCUUUGAAUGGUUGCCCAAAUACUUAUUUUCCACCUUAAUUUACAAAUAAAUUCUUAAAAAUUC